UUUCCAUAUAGGGAUUUAGUUCAUAUAAUUCAAACAGAAUAAAAGGAUUUAUUUCACGACAGUUUUAAGAAAACAAUAUAAACUUGGUUUAAAUUUUGAUGUACUAACAACGUUGGUGGAUAAUAAUAGCGAUAUAUAACAUGUGGAAACUUUUAUUUGCAACUUUUGUGGUUAUUUGCCAUGCCAAGUCAGAAAAUUUUUCUUUUAUGAAGGAAGAUAUGGAGAAACUAGAACAAGAAUUGAAAAAUGUGAACCUAAAAGAGGCAGCUAAAAAAUCACUCAAGGAUAUGACCACAGACGAGUUAGUAGAAGAACUUAAAAAAGAAAUAGGGUUCACUAAAAAAAGUAUUGAAGAUAAUUUUAAAAUCAAUGUUGAUGACAUUGACUUGAAAAAGUCCGAGAGCUUGGAAGAUGCAAUGUGGGCAAACACUCUAUCCUUAAUGGACAAAGAGUUGGCUGACUCAACACUAAAACGAAAUGUUGAUGGACAAAAAUGUGAAGAUCUUGUUGACUGUAAUCCAUAUAAAAAGUUUUGUGACACUGCUGAGUAUAAACCUAUAUUAACUAAGAGAUGUCCAAAAUUCUGUGGUUAUUGUCAUGCAGGUACCACAAUUGUUGAAGAAGUUGAAUGUAAAGAUAACCCUUCAGCUCAGUGUAAAGCUUUAGAAAAGAAUUGUUUUAAGGAUCCUCGAGUACCAAAAUUUUGUCCUAAGACAUGUGGAAUGUGUCGUGCAGAAGCACCACCAAAAUGUUCACAAAGUGAGUUCGGCUGUUGCUGGGAUAAAGAAACAACAAAGUUAGAUGUCGAGGGGAAAAACUGCCCUGAAUGUGAAAACGUAUACAAUAGUGCUUGCCAAAUGUUUAAAGCUGAAUGUAACAGUCUUCUCGAGCCUGGUGUGUUUAUGAGAAAAAAUUGUCCAAAAACCUGUGAUCUCUGUAGUGACGAAUGUAAAGAUAGCGCCAAACAAUCUUUCUAUUGUGCUUUUUGGAAAAACGAGUUAAAAUGGUGCGAAUCGAAAAAAGACAUUAUGAAACACUAUUGCCCUAAAACAUGCAACUUUUGUUAAGUUGGUGUCGAUAGUUUUUCUUUUUUUUUUUUCUUGUUUCUUUAAGUUAAAAUUUUCUUGCAUGGGUACUUUUUUUUAAAAAAUAUUUUUAUUAAAAAUGUAAAAACGACUUAUUUGUAUAUAAUAUGUUUUAAGUUUUUUUUACAGCCGGGGAUAAGGCUUUCGUCAUUUUUAUUGGAGAUUUAAACAGUUUUGUGCUUUAUUUGUAAUAUUAUUAGAAAAUAAUUACUCUAUAUAG